CAGACAUCUCAUUUCUUCACCUCAUUCCUGAGACGGGAAUCUGCCCACCCCUUGAGUAAAGCAAUUUAAACCUGAUAGCACAUCAUCUGCCUAUAUCUCCUGAGGAAAUCUCCCUUGGACUUACUCCACAGUUUGCGCUUUGCCACCGUGCAGAAUACGAGCUAGACCAUGGCUUUUACGCGCAAACCUCAGUCCGCACUCUAUUCAGCCUUCUAUUCAACCCAAAUGUGAUUGGAAACAACCUACAAGUUGUCACUUCUCGGCGGUUUUAUAUUUUUAUCCAUGGAAAUGCACCGUCCAGAUCCAUAGAGGACCGACGUUUGGUUAAUAUGAACUCAUUGCCGAGUGGAAUAUGUUUUUAUUUAUCUGUAGUAAUCUGCUGGCUGACGGCUGAGGUCGAUGGGUCUUGGUGGUACAUGGGCACCCUGGGCUCCCAGGUGAUGUGUGACAACAUCCCCGGGCUUGUGAACAAGCAGCGCCACUUGUGCCGCCAGCAUCCCAAAGUGAUGCAGGCCAUUGGGGCCGGGAUGAAGGACUGGAUCUCUGAGUGCCAGCACCAGUUCCGCAACCACCGUUGGAAUUGUAACACCACGGCCAGAGACCACAAUCUGUUUGGACGCCUGCUUUUGCGUAGCAGCCGCGAGGUGGCCUUUGUCUACGCCAUCUCAUCUGCGGGAGUGGUCUAUACCUUGGCUCGAGCCUGCAGUCAAGGCGAGCUAGACUCCUGCUCCUGUGACCCCAAUAAGAAGGGCUCCUCGCGGGACGCCAAGGGCUCGUUUGACUGGGGCGGGUGCAGUGACCACGUGGACCACGCCAUGCGCUUCAGCCAGACUUUUGUGGACGCCAAAGAGAGAAAGGAGAGAGAUGCCCGAGCGCUCAUGAACCUGCACAACAACCGAGCCGGAAGGAAGGCCGUGAAGCGCUUCAUGAACCUGGAGUGUAAAUGUCACGGGGUCAGCGGCUCCUGCAGUGUCCGGACCUGCUGGCUGGCAUUAGCCGACUUCAGACGCACUGGAGACCACCUUCGGAAGAGAUACAAUGGAGCUGUGCAGGUUGCCGUGAACCAGUAUGGCACUGGGUUCACCACUGCGCACACCCACUUCAAGCGGCCAAGUAAGAAUGACCUGGUGUACUUCGAAGAUUCGCCAGACUACUGCAUACGGGAUCAUGAGUCAGGUUCAAUAGGAACCGGUGGUCGUAUCUGUAACCGUACGUCACGCGGCGUGGACGGCUGUGAGGUGAUGUGCUGUGGCCGAGGCUAUGACACGUCGAGGGUCAGUCGGACAACCAAGUGUGAGUGUAAGUUCCACUGGUGCUGCGCUGUGCACUGCCGAGACUGCCACCAGCAGAUUGAUGUGCACACCUGCAAAGGCCAGACGUGACCAAAUGCACAUGGAAACCACAGCCACAUGUACUGGAAACCAAACUGCUGUCUGUCUGUCUGUCCAGUUGUAUGUGACUUUAGAAAAGAAGCUUCAUUUCCUCUUCAUGUUUUUGUGCUGAGCUCUGCAUCCCAUCAUGUUUCUGAAAUGUCAUCAAAAAUCACAAAAAAAUGAAAGCACAGACAUGCCAGACUCCAUCUCAUUAGAACAGAAAGAAAAUAUCAUUAUUUAUCUCGAUAUAGAGCAGCUUAAAAAGAGCAAAGGAUAUAUUUAACUGCUUUUUUCUACAACGGAGGAGGGUCUCUUUAGAAAGCAACCUUAAGCAGUGGUGGAAUCAAACUAAAUUGUUUUGCAUCUUCCUUUAAGUCCUCCACAUCUCAGAGGCAGAUAAUGACCUUUUACUAAACUCCAUCCUUUUGAAAUGUUAGCUCAGCUUAGUUUUCCAUCUCUGGCCUGUCCAAUGAAAUCCACAUCUUUACAUGUUAUCCUUCAUUGGCUGAAUUUCAUAUUUUGCUUUUCAAGAUAAUAAAAAGUCUUUAAAACCAUCUAGGCUGAAACUCUAACAGAAAUUCCAAUAUUCAUGUUUCUCCAAAAUGUGAAGCAAAUUUGUUGCAAACUCUUGAAAACACAACAAAAAAUUUAAUAAUGUGCGUUUCCAUAAACUCAUUUGAAAUGAGUAAUUUAUACAGAACAGAAGAUGUAGAACAUUCUGUUUUCCAACUAAACUGAAAAAUUCAGCCUCAUCAUCGAUUUGCCACGUGUGUGGAAGACGCAGAAAACCGCAAACCGCAUUUGUGGAAAACCGCAUUUGUGGAAAACCACUAAAAACAGUGAGCAGAAAAUAUUUUUGUGAAAUCCUGUUUAUGAAUUUUUCCAUUUCCAUAAACAUUUACCAAAGUGAAAUUUCAGUGUGUUCAUGGAAAUCCACAUCUACUGAUCAUAAUGCCAUCCUUUAUCUUCCUUUAUUUAGUGGAACAUAUUUUUAUCAAUAUCUUUAUCAAUCUCAGAAGCAAAGUUAGAGCCUGAAACAUUCUGAGUUAAUGACAUGAACAGCAUGAAAUUGUAUUCAUAUCGGUAGCUGUAUUAUGAUGCGAAUAUGAUGCAUCACUGUAUUUAACAUAUUAGGUGCAUUUCUUCAAUCAUUUCAGUAAACACAUUUUCAGAUGAUAUUCUGAUGUCUUUGAGACAAUAAUACUUAAGUAUCAAGAUUUUCUGCCAGAUUUUUUUUUACUGCUUCAUCUGAAACUGAAUAUAACUUAAGUGUCAAAUCUUCCUCCUUGUGGAUUCACUGUUAAAUGUAUCAUCACACAGUUAAAAACAUGAACAUGAUGAUCUUAUAGAAUAUGAUGCAUCACUGUAGAUUAAAUGUUCAACAUAAACAUAUGCAACAGUGAAUAAACACUUUACAUUUUGUUGAUUUUGCCGACAUUUCACUUUCCCUGGAGCACUUAUGUAGAAGAGUUUUCAGUGUGUAUUAAGUGUGAAUUGUUCCAACACAGCUUUAAGAUAAACUCAUUUGUACAUGAUUUAUUUCAAAUGAAAAUAUUCUCUUUGCUAUAUCAAGCAAAUCUGCAUUAUCCUCCUAAAAUGCUAAAAAUAGUCAUUCCAGAUUUUUGCGGUUGAAGGAAAAAACUGAAAAAGCUCCACAUCUCAUGAGACAGUUCACUUUCUACUUGUCAACCUUCUGUCUCCAGUGUUUUAAUAUGGUUGCAUAAAAAUCAUCCUAAAUAAGUGACAUGGAGCAUUUUCAGACCAACAGCACACAAAUGAUCUGUACAACUCACCUUGAAGACGAAAUGUGAUUCUAACGCCAUGUUUUCAAAACUCUGCUCAGCUUCUCUGUAUUUAUUCACUCUUGUGUAAAAUGUGUUUGUAUAGUGCUGUCUGGAAAAUACCACUGACGCUGAAUUAUAUCUGCAUUUUAACCGAGAUCACAUGGACCCAGUGGCUGAUUUCACAACACAGAUGUGAGUUCAGGGCUUUGUAUAAAUACGUGGCUGUGUAAAUUAAAAUCAGAUGUAUAUGAGCGGAAUCUGGAGCAUUCCACAGACUGGAAAUGUGACUCAAUCAACACCUCCAGCUGUUGGACAAUCAGAGCACAGGGUUUUAGUUGCUACCUGGGUGCCAGGUGAAUGUGGAAGAUGUUCUGUGUUCUACUGUCCAGGCUGACACUACACUUUGCUACAUUUGUUGUUUUGAACUCAAUCAAUCAUUAAACACAUUUUCACUCCUACUCAAUAUCAAACCAUAUUUUAUCAUUGAGGGAUUUCAACAUGUUUCAACGUAAUCGCAAACAUGCUUACUUUCAUACCUACUUUUAAUCAUAUGUACAUGUUAACAUGCUUUCAUUCAUGUAUACAUACUUUUAUGAAUACUCACUAUGCUUAUGGUUAAUAUUUGCGUACUCAUAGGCAUACUUGCACUCAUUCAAACUCAGACUUCAGUAGUACAUACUUGCAAACACACAUUCACUUCAUAAUUACUUCCUCUCAUAUAAACUUUCAUCAAUGACUAUGACACAUAGUUCUUUUCAUACAUGCUAAGGGUUAUGGUUAAAACAAACACAUGUACUGAAUACUCACAUUCAUACUCACUUCAUACACAGUACAUACUUCCAAACUUUCAUUCAUAUACUUACCUCCUUACUUUAAUCCAUGCAAACAUACUUCAGUUCAUACUUGGUUGGUGUAUUUAACAGAAGUAACACACACACCUUAAUACAUACUUUAUAGUACACUCAAGGGAUUUAAAAAUGCACCACCAGAAUUUUUGUAAAGUUUCCAUGAUCAAUUUAAGAUGUAAUAAAAUAAACUAUUUGUCCCUUAUUCGUUUUUAUUGGAAAUGUUUUCAUAUGAACAAAAACAAUUAGAGCAUUACAGAAACUGUACAUUCAACAUAAGCACCAUCAGUAACUUUAGAUGGCACCAGUUUAGGAUCUUUGGGCCCUGGGCCCUGGCGCAGAUGAUUUCCAGUGGUCUCCACUGCUGUGGCUGUCCAGAAUCUGACCCAGAGAUGCUGGCAGUGGAUAUGCUGGUCUGACGCAUGGUCGACCAAGGUGAGGAUGGUCUCGUUUCAUUGGCUACAUAGCGCUGCCGAAGUCGGACCACUGUGCUAUGAUGAAUUUUUGUGGAGGUCAUUUUAAAGCAAGAUUUCAAGGCUUUUUAACCCCUUGGCCAACUCUGGCCAGAGGGAUAUUGUAAUCGUUUUGUCAUCUGUUGGUCCAUCUGUCUGUCUGUUUAUUCUGGCUGAAGAGUAUUAAAAGUACGCAGCACUCUAUAAACAUAAUUGUUUAUAGAGGUGUGUCAGUUUGAUACAGCAGUGGUCAUUUGAACUCACCUGGAUUAUAAUAAUAAUACGACUGCUUAUCCACAGUUAUUGUUUUUAGACUCAAGACUGUGCCCGCACUUGAAAACCUUCGGCCUUCAGUCCACACCAGGGUUUCCUUAUCAUUGACUAUCUGUUGCCCCCCUCUGGUUGAGAACUACUGGUGCAUGCCAAAGUUUUUGCACAUACGGACGGACAGUGAACUGAUGACAAUACCCUACGGCAAGGGCAAAAAAUCAGUGAAGCUUGAUGCAACUUCUGGUGUUGAAAAUCUGCACACUGUCUUUAUUCACUGUGAGAGUAUUGAAAAAUUGGUAAUAAAUAAGUAAAUAAAAAUUCUUAUCUUGUUUUAAGUUCAAAAUUGAGUGGUGCGUUUUUAAAUCCCUUAAGUAUACAUGCACACAUUCAUACUUUAUUCCUUUCUCUCACACACACUUUCAUCCAUGCACAUAAUUUAAUUUUUGUUAAUGCAUUUCCAUUUAUACUAAGGUUAUGGUUUAUACGUACUUGCUUUCAUUAUACAUACACAUCUGUACCCAGUGGUGUAGUCCAGAGUAUACCA